AUGAUGCGGCCGUUGCUUGCGCUCAUCAUCCAAUUCGAGGAUCGUAUCAUCGAAACUAUUCUCAGACGACCAGGCUUCCACCGGUUCGUCGGCAAGAUUCAGCGAUAUGUGGACGAGAAGCAAAACGGGAAGCACCCGAACCAGCCGUUACAUCCAGGAGAAGCCACAGAACUUCCUUCCAGUGGCGAAGGCUUCCUUUCGCAUUUUGUCGGCGAGCUGAAGCGGCAGGCCAAGGGCAACCCGUCCAAGCAUGAUAAGUGA